AUGGAUUUGAUUCGUAUGCAGAAUGCCAACGGUAGUUGGAAUGGUCCAUUGCCAUUCGCCACCUCCUCCAAGGUUCCAGAUGAACUCGCAGCCAUUCCAAACGUUUGGUUCACACUCUUGGUAGUUGCUAAAUUCAACAAGGAUUUCACCGACAAGAAGACUCAAUGGCAACAAAUCGUUAUCAAAGCAAUCAAGUGGAUCAAAUCACAAUUGGCCACCGCUUCACUCACCGAUCAAUAUGAUUCAUUGAAAUCAAAAUCCGAAUCAACUGUAUAA